CCUCGGCUGGGCAGGGCCUCUCCCUGCCGCUGCGCCAGCCCCAGGACUGCGGCGAUGGCCGUUACUUCGAUAUCUCCAGCCUGGCGUGCAAGCAGUGCGGGCCCCAGCAAGGGCGGAGCGCCGGGGGUACUUCAUGUAUAUGUCUACCAGGAUUUAGGAUGGUUUCUAAUAAUAAUGGGCCUUCUGUUAUUUGUGAAAAAUGUCCAGAGAGUAUGAAUGGUAUUACUGAAGAUGGGUGGAAUUGUAUUACCUGUCCUAAAGGCUUAACUACAGAAGGAAAAUGUAAAUGCGCCAUUAACGAAAUUUUAGUGGAAAGAGAUGUUAAUGGCAAGUUGUUGAAUAAAGCAUUGUGUAUACUCUGUGAUGGGAGCGAACCAUCAUUCUCUGCUUCAGAUAUCUUAGGAAAUAGGUGUGUAAGAUGUGAACAAACAUUCAUCAAUAUAAGCAAGUCUUGUGAUUGUUCAGACCCAAAUACUUUGACAGGAGGAUUAUGCUUCAGUAGCAGUGGAAACUUCCCCUCAAAGGCACUUGCAACUGUACGUUAUGGACAGCUUGGUAUUACAGUGAUAUCAGCAUGGUUUGUAAAAAACCUACAAGCAUCAGCAGCUGCUUGUUGGCUGUAUUCCAAUCUAACAUCGUGCCAAGCACUUGGAAAUAUGUGUGUGAUGAACAUGAAUUCACUGAGCUCUACCACUAGUGAUGCGUGUGGUCUAUUUCAGUAUGUCUAUGCAAAUACAGCAGGGCUAGGCACUGUUCAUUCAAUAUCCUUCUGGAGACAGAAUCUUCCAUGGCUGUACUAUGGUGACCAGCCAGGAUUAGCAUCUCAAGUACUUGAUACAACCCAGUUCCCCGCAAGCUUCAGUUUUAAAGGAAUAAACAAGAAUAUAAAACUGCAGUUGAUUGCAGCUUCAUAUGAUGCAGAGGGAAACUUUCUUAAAUGGCAAAAUUUGGAAGGAGGUGUCUUGCAGCUUUGUCCUGACACACUGACUAGACUGAAUGCUGUUUAUAUUUUUGGAACAACUUAUCAACAAAGUUGUACAAUUUCUGUGUCCAAGAUGUUAAUGGAUUUUGCUAAUCCAAUAUUUUAUGAUGUGUAUCUUGAAUACCACGAUGAUAAUAGUGGACAACAGUAUCUGUGGGCUGUGCCAAUUUUAAACUUAAAUCUUCAAUACAAUGAAAUGUCUGUGAAUCAAGGCAGCAAUAUGAACAAUUGGCUUUUGACUCGUCGGAUGUUUUUGGUCGAUAGUUUAAGUGGACAAGAAAAUGACUUAGGAAAACAGCCAAGAAUAAUUCGUAUUGCUAGCAAAAUAACCAUCAGUAUUCGUCUUGUUCCUAAUACCCAGAGAGGAACUAUCUAUCCCCCUCUAAUUACCGUUGCCUACAAGGAUGUUCUUGUCCAAAACCCAGAUACUCAGAGUGUGAUGGUUUCCUUCUCAGUUAAUUAUGAAAUGAAUCAAUCAGAGGCUCAAAUUCAGACAGAUAUUGCAUUGGGUGUGCUUGGAGGAUUAGCCGUUUUAUGGUCUCUUCUGAAGACUGCUGGCUGGAAGAGGCGAAUAGGGAGCCCUAUAAUUGACUUACAGACAGUUUUGAAGUUCUUCCUGUUUUAUGCUGGAGACCUUGCCAAUGUUUUCUUUAUCAUCACUGUAGGAACAGGGCUUUACUGGCUUAUUUUCUUCAAAGCACAGCAGUUUGUCUCAGUUCUUUUACCACUUCAUUCUCAGGAAGAGGAUUUUGUUACAUAUGUAGGAUGUGCUUUUGCUCUAAAGGCUCUGCAAUUUUUGCACAAGCUGUUUUCGCAACUUACUGUAGAUGUAUUCUUUAUUGACUGGGAGCGCCCUAAAGGCAAAGUCCUUAAAGCUAUUGAAGGUGAAGGUGGCAUAAAAAGUGCUGCUGCACCUGUGAGCAUAUGGAGGACAUAUUUUAUAGCAAAUGAAUGGAAUGAAAUUCAGACUGUAAGGAAGAUAAAUCCACUUUUUCAAGUGCUUGCAGUUCUUUUCUUUUUGGAGGUUGUUGGAUUUUCAAACCUGGCAUUAAUGGAUUCUUCUUCUAGUCUUACAAGAAGUAGUGAGAGUUACAUAGCUCCCUGGAGCCGCAUUCUGAGAUUUGGUGUGUCUACAGUCCUCUGGCUAGUCAUUGCCAUGCUACAGAUCAUAUUCUUUGCUGUAUUUUAUGAGAGAUUUGUAGAAGAUAAGAUAAGACAGUUCGUUGAUUUGUGCUCUAUGAGCAAUAUUUCAGUAUUUCUCUUGUCACACAGAUGUUUUGGGUAUUAUAUCCAUGGUCGUUCUGUACAUGGACAUGCAGAUACCAAUAUGGAAGAAAUGAACAUGAAUCUAAAGAGAGAAGCGGAAAAUUUGUGUAGUCAGAGAGGUUUAUUACCCAAUACAGAUGGCCAGACAUUUCAGAUUUCCAUUUCAGGCAAGAUGAGACAGCAGUAUGAUAGGAUUCAUGAAACCCUAACAAGGAAACGUGGUCCUGCGAGACUUUUAGAUUCAUCUGCAACUACUUUUGAACAGAGUACUAAGGCAUACCAUACCAUGAACAAAUUUCUUGGUUCUUUUAUUGACCAUGUUCAUAAAGAUAUGGAUUAUAUUGUCAAGGACAAGUUGCUGCUUGAACGAAUUCUUGGCAUGGAGUUCAUGGAACCAAUGGAAAAAAGUAUCUUUUACAAUGAUGAAGGACAUUCUUUCAGUGACAUUCUCUUUUAUGGCAAUGAGGCUACACUUCUCAUCUUCGAUAUACUGUUUUUCUCUGUUGUGGAUUUGGCUUCCCAAAGUUUUGUCCUAGCAGCUGUUCUCACAUAUUUGCAACAGGAGAUUUUUAGGUUUAUACGUAAUACUGCUGGGCAGAAGAAUUUGGCAUCCAAAACCCUAGUUGAUGAAAGAUUUCUUAUUUAAUUGACUCAAAAGAUUAACUAAUUGACUGUACUUUAUACAGGAGCUAAUCAUGGAAUGAAGUAGUCCUGAACUAAGAUUAGUCUGCAGAACUAUGUAAAUAUUAAUGUAAAUGUUUUGACUUUGUCUUUAUAUUCUGUGCUAGAAAGUUUUGUUUUUGUAUAACUUGUAGAUAUUUCUGUGUUGUGAAUAGUAAACCAUGACUUGAAACAUGGUACAUGUUGCCAAGUCAGUCGGAAGUUACCUGAAUACUGUCAUUAACACACGAUAAAAUCCAUUUAUUGCCUUCAGUGAGGGCACGUGCCAUUUCUUUUUAGGAAAUAGUUUAAGUGCUGCUGCUGCUGACUAGGAUCAUAGUUUUCUUCAUAUGUACAUGUAUUUCCAAAGUAGCUUAAAA